CGGCUCCAUCGGUUCCGUUCAGUCGCACAAUGAAAGCCGCAGUGUUCAGAUUGUGGUUCUGGCUGGGACUUGGGUUGCUCCUGGCCAACCUGGCCAACCUGGUUUCGGCCAAGCGGUACCUGCGCUGCGAGCUGGCCCGCAAACUCCUCGAUCAGCAUGGCUUCGAACGGAGUCUGCUCUCCAAUUGGAUCUGCCUACUGGAGCACGAGAGCGAUCUGGACACCACUAGGAUCUCAGCGAAUCCCAACGGAACCCGCAACUACGGCUUGUUCCAGAUCAACAGCAGCUUCUGCCAGGAGGAAAGGCGCGGCGGCACUUGCAAUGUCAAGUGCGAAGACCUGCUGGACGAAUCCCUGAGGGAAUCGGCGACUUGUGCCAAGCGCAUCCAGACUUCGAAUGGCUUUAGGCACUGGAAUGGCUGGCAGCGCUACUGCCGUAACCCUCAAAAUCUGCCUAAUCUCAAGGUUAUCUGUGGUAUUUAGAAAGUAACAAGUACUGUGCAACUUUUUAUUCGUUGGAUUUCGCAAACACUUGAAAGCAAGUACUCUCCCCUUUGAAAUAAAAUGACUUUUGGCUGUUCUAUAAAAUCGUACUGAAAAAAAUGUGGAUAAAUUGAGCAUAAAAAACGUU